GUUGCUGCAAUCAACGCAAUAUUGAUUCUGUUCCGUCAUCCAUCAUCCCCGCUGCAUUAUUGAUUCAGUUCUGUCUGCUCGCGAGACUUUGAAGUUGACACUAUGCAGAACAUCAACCGGAUCUUGAUCUCCAACACCACCAUGUCGAUGCUCUGCGUCAUGUUUGGACCCCAAGGUUGGGCAGACUUGCCAGAUGUGCUAUUGUGUUCCAUCAUGGUCCUGUUGGGUUCAAGCCGUGACCUUCUUGCAUUCAUCGCCACCUGCCCCAGUUGGCGUGCCGCGUUCAUGUCAAUGAAGCCUGCCUUAGACAUGAUCUUCCCACCUGUUAUUUUCCGGAAUUGUGCCGACCAAACGAGCCCAGCUGGCUGCAACACUGGAAACACAUGGGAGCUUAUUGAUCUUGCCUAUCCAAGUACUCCAUUGCGUCGGUUGAGCCUCCCAAAUAUUUUGGACACAAUGGAAAUUCUGAAAUGUUCUUAUGGUCAUGCUAUCUUCUCCUCCGGCAGAUCCCAUGUAAUUAUGGACGUGCUCACUGGCACCAUGGUUGCAGCUCCACCUUGCCCAUCCAUUCAGCUCUGCUAUAGAACAUUCGUAUCUCAAGAAGCGUUGCCGGAUUCAUAUCUAUUUGUCAGCAGCCCGCACUGCCUUUACGCUUGGCGAGUUAGGAGCCCCUCAUGGUUGCACUGUGAUUUUUUAAAUGCACAUUUGAUUCAUGAGAUGGUGUCCUUCAAAGGGCGGGUCAUUGCGAGGAUACAGCAAAAGCUGUACAUCGUGCAUUUGGCACCUGAGUUUCAUGUUGAGGUACUAAGAGUUUCUUGUAGCGAUAAUAUAGACCCAUCCAAGCUUUCUCGAAAGUUGGUGGUUUGUGAAGAUAUGCUUCUCCUACUUGGUGGUAAUGAGAAAGCCUUCUCCAUCGACUUCUCGACUAAACCUGCAAAGUACGUGAGGGUGGCAGAUGGAGGCUUGUCGAAGUGGGCAUUCUUCUUCGGCGAGAAACCUAUUGGCCAGCCACGACUGUUGGUGAACCCAGAGAGGAUAGGGUUGAAGGGUGGCCAGGUAUACCAGCUGGAUCAAAAUGGCCGAGUAUUUUCAUACCCAGCAGAUGGCGAACAAGAUGGGGAGUGGGUUCCUGAACCUUGUUUUGUGACGAUCAACGCCCAUUUUGCUCGCAGUACGACAUCCUAUGCAUCUUGGGUAUGAGAUUGUGCUGAGCGGUUGUCUCCAUGUAGCUGCCUACAGAGGGGAACUUGAUGUUUGUGUUCAGUCGCUCGACGGGUAGAUGCUGUGUCGGGAGAUUGAUGAAGACUUUAAAAUUGUGUGUUUGCCAUCCUGUUCUCCAGGAGUCAGAAACUUGUGCUACCUAUUGUUGCAUCUGUUGAACCUUGUUGUGUACUUACAUUUUGGAUAAAAGAAACAGUGGU